GUCCGUAAUAGCGAGAGUUGAUCGUCACGGUUCACGCAAGAAUCAUUACACAACACGUGGUGCCGACUAGAAAAGGCGCUGCUGCUUACGAGGAUUAAACAAGUUCCUCUUCGGAGAAAACGAUCAAGCUAAUUUGGAAGUUAUGACUGGACUUGAUCACUCAAAUUGUGUAGUCAUCAAAAUCAUCAUUUUUCGAUUAUUGCACGUUUUUCUAGACAGCAAGCAAAAUACAAGCUGUGGACGUGGUGCAUGGCUUUUCAUUAUUAUUGAGAUGUGGCUUUUGUCAACAGGUGUGCAGUGUUUUCAAUGGAUUGCUGAACCGUCCAACCAUACAAUCACUGAAUCUGGUAAAAAUGUCAGUAUAUCCUGGCGGUACGUAUUGGAAAAUGGCGAGCAACCCAUCAGCUCGAAGAUUUACAACGACGGCGAAAAAACAAUUACUAUAGCGACAAUGAAUAUACUAAAAAAAAAGUACCUUCUCAAUGAAGAGUAUGAUGGAGCAGCGAAAGCGAUUUCUGAAAAUUCUACAGUGACAUUGGAAUUUUUCUUCAUAAAAAAGAAUUUGGCUGAUAAAGAAUUUUGUAUUCAUAUGGCGAUUUCCGUAUAUCGGGCGACAAAAGAAUUUUCAAAAGAAUAUAGAAGCUGUACUAAGUUAUCAGUGUAUGUUCAUCCAAGAAUUGUAUAUCACUCGCACAACAUAAUCAAACCUAAUGGUAGCACUGUGGAACUGAAAUGCAAUGCAACUGGCGAUCCAGAACCAUCAAUUACCUGGACAAAAGUGACAAAUAACUCCGUAUUGACAAAUUCUUCACUGAUGACAGUGAAUAUCACUCAACAAGCAUUUGGAGAAUACUGCUGUAUUGCAGACAACAAAUACGCAAAUGAUACAUAUUGUAUAACGAUUGGAGAUCCACUAUUGUCGAAUACUGCGCCAACUAAUUACACAAUGAUAAACAACAGCGUGACUAUUAUUUGUCUGGCUACAGGAAUCCCAAUUCCUACAAUAGAAUGGACUAACCUUUCAGGCAAUAUAAUCCACCAAUCAAAAGAUGGCAAUUACACUAUUCCUUUUAAACAAUGCAAAAAUGAAACAUGGACAUAUUACUGUAGGGCGUGGAGCAUCACGGGAAAAACACCGAAUAAAAAAAUCAGUGUAUACGUGAAUACCAUGAUGCAACAUUGUAAACAAACCUCCACAGGUAAGACAUGAACUAUUGACUGUGAACUACGAGGUAAGCAUUAGCCUUCGAUCCCGUCGGUCUUAAUUCCAUUAAAACGAUCCAGUAUCGCAGGAAAUUAUUGUUAACAAACAGAAUAUUUGGAUCUCUUUUUGACACCUCAAACAAAAAAAUCCUCACAUCUCACGAGAAGGAAAUUAAAAUCAAGUGAAUAAACAUUAAAAAUUUGCUAAUCAGCCUAAUGACAGGAAGCAGAUGCGGCGGCGAUUUGUUAUUAAGUAAAUGCAAAUACUUAAAACGUGAAA